AGUAAACACCCGCACGUCAUCAGGGCGCGUCCUCGCCUUUCCCCUCCCAUCUCCUCAGCUCGGUGGACGUGAUCGCCUCUUCUCCGGACCGGGUCUAUGUCCCGGUUUCCCGCCGUCGCGGGCAGGGCGCCAAGGCGGCAGGAGGAGGGCGAACUGCCAAGAGAGCUCCAGGAAGAGCGGCCGUCAGCUGUUCGCAUCGCUGACAGAGAAGAGAAAGGAUGCACAUCGCAGGAGGGAGGAACAACUCCAACUUUUCCUAUUCAAAAACAAAGAAAAAAGCUCAUUCAAGCUGUGAGGGACAAUUCGUUCCUCAUUGUUACUGGAAAUACAGGAAGUGGUAAAACAACUCAACUCCCUAAAUACCUUUAUGAAGCAGGAUUUUCACAACAUGGCAUGAUUGGCGUGACUCAGCCACGAAAAGUUGCUGCCAUAUCAGUUGCUCAGAGGGUUGCUGAAGAAAUGAAAUGCACCUUGGGCUCUAAAGUAGGAUACCAAGUUCGUUUUGAUGAUUGCAGUUCCAAGGAAACAGCAAUCAAAUACAUGACUGAUGGGUGUUUACUCAAACAUAUUUUGGGAGAUCCAAAUCUUAACAAAUUCAGUGUCAUUAUUUUGGAUGAAGCUCAUGAAAGAACUUUGACUACAGAUAUCUUAUUUGGUUUACUGAAGAAGCUGUUUCAGGAUAAGUCUCCUAACAGGAAAGAACAUUUAAAGGUGGUGGUGAUGUCAGCAACUAUGGAGCUAGCGAAACUCUCUGCAUUCUUUGGAAACUGCCCCAUAUUUGAUAUACCUGGAAGACUCUAUCCAGUCAGAGAGAAAUUCUGCAAUUUGAUUGGCCCACGAGACAGAGAAAAUACUGCAUAUAUUCAAGCGAUUGUGAAAGUGACCAUGGAUAUUCAUUUGAAUGAAAUGGCUGGAGACAUUUUAGUUUUUCUGACUGGUCAGUUUGAAAUAGAGAAGAGUUGUGAACUGCUUUUUCAGAUGGCUGAGUCUGUCGAUUACGAUUAUGAUGUUCAAGACACCACGCUAGAUGGCUUAUUGAUACUGCCGUGUUAUGGGUCUAUGACAACAGAUCAACAGAGGAGAAUAUUUUUGCCACCUCCACCUGGAAUUAGAAAGUGUGUCAUAUCCACCAAUAUUUCUGCAACAUCUUUGACAAUAGAUGGGAUCAGAUAUGUAGUGGAUGGAGGCUUUGUGAAGCAGUUGAAUCACAACCCCAGAUUAGGGUUGGACAUCCUGGAGGUGGUUCCUAUUUCAAAAAGUGAAGCAUUACAGCGAAGUGGCCGAGCUGGCAGGACUGCCUCAGGAAAAUGCUUUCGGAUUUAUAGUAAAGAUUUUUGGAACCAGUGUAUGCCUGAUCAUGUGAUCCCAGAGAUUAAGAGAACUAGUUUGACAUCUGUAGUUCUGACAUUAAAGUGCCUUGCCAUCCAUGAUGUCAUAAGGUUUCCAUAUUUGGACCCGCCUAAUGAGAGACUUAUUUUGGAAGCACUUAAACAGCUUUAUCAGUGUGAUGCUAUCGACAGGAAUGGUCAUGUGACGAGAUUGGGUUUAUCUAUGGUGGAGUUUCCUCUGCCCCCACAUCUGACAUGUGCAGUGAUCAAGGCUGCUUCUCUUGAUUGUGAAGAUUUACUGCUUCCAAUAGCAGCAAUGCUGUCUGUGGAAAAUGUCUUCAUCAGACCUGGUAAACACUUUAUUUUUGGAGCUCCAGCUUCGUGGUGCCAAAAGCACUGGAUUCACUGGCGGUGCUUAUUUUCUGCAUUCCGUGUGGAAGCUCAGCUUCGGGAACUGAUCAGGAAACUUAAACAGCAAAGUGAUUUCCCAAGAGAGACUUUUGAAGGGCCUAAACAUGAAGUACUACGAAGAUGUCUUUGUGCAGGCUACUUCAAAAAUGUUGCUCGAAGAUCUGUUGGCAGAACGUUUUGCACAAUGGAUGGGCGUGGAAGUCCAGUUCAUAUUCACCCUUCCUCAGCACUUCAUGAACAGGAAACCAAACUUGAAUGGAUUAUUUUCCACGAAGUAUUAGUUACCACCAAAGUCUAUGCAAGAAUUGUAUGUCCAAUCCGUUAUGAAUGGGUGAGAGACUUACUACCCAAGUUACACGAACUUAAUGCACAUGAUUUAAGCAGUGUGGCUAGACGUGAAAUGAGAGAAGAUGCAAGAAGAAAAUGGACAAAUAAGGAAAAUGUGAAGCAGCUAAAGGAUGGAAUAUCAAAAGAAGCUCUAAAGAAAAUGCAAAGAAGAAAUGAUGACAAAUCUAUCUCAGAUGCACGGGCUCGUUUCCUUGAGAGAAAGCAGCAGAGAACCCAGGACCACAGUGACACAUUGAAGGAAACAGGCUAAGCAGUGGACCAUCCAAUUCAGGAAGUAGGAAAGCAGCCAGGAAAUGUGUUUCUGUUUUGCCAGUUAUUUCAGACAGUAUAGCAAGAGGAAGUGGUCAGCAGCUGUUCCUCGCUUGUGAGCUAAAAGAAAAUCAGAAUUUAUAAAUCACAUCUCAUCAAUACCAACAAAUGACAUUUUGAAAGAAAAGAUUGGGUUGCAUAAUCACAGGCAAUGGUAAUGAAACCAAUGAAAGAUGAUACAAUAAUUUCCUCACUUCUGUUUUGCUGGCCUUAACUGGUAUCAAAUGCUGUCACAGAUAUUUUCAAAGAACACUGAAUUGUAUUUAAUCAGCGUGUAUUCCAUUUGCAUUGAAGCAUUAAAGAUUAUUUUCCUUAAAUCUCUUCAAGGCCUUCUUAUUGCUAUUAGAGUAGUGUUGUAUCAGGUAUGUGACCAUUUCCUUCAGAAGGCUAAACUUACAUAAGAGGUUUUUACUCAGCAAUACUUAGAAAUCUAACCAUUUAAUUGCUCCAGAGCUUUAUAGAUAUUUAAAGACUCAAUUAGUAAAUAAAUUGCCUAUGGAAGGAUUUUUUCUUAAAUUAAUCCUACUCCUUAAAUUGAUUUUUCUGGGAUUAUACAAAUUCCUUUUUAUAUAAAAGUAUAUUGUUUAAAACAGUAGCUAUAGCCAUUAACCAAAGGACAGAUGUAUAUAUACACACACGCGUGCACGCACACAUAUAACACACAAAUUCUUUUACCUGUUCCUACAUACUUGUGUCAGCCCUGUAUGUAGAUGUGACAGUGCUUUCAAGCAGCCCCUCCACCAGGCCUACUCCUGACUACAACUGUUUGGAUUGGACCAUUUAAACACCUGUUAUACUAAUCUGGGAUUUUCAAAGCAGUCAACACUUCAGUGUUUAAAAUUCGAACCUUAAGGCUAAUAUUACACUCAGGCCACACUCAGCACUUGCCUAUUCUUGUUUACUGCCUUGUAUUGUAGUUAUGUGUGUAUAUGUCUGUCUUCCUCAUUAGAUUAUACGCUCCUGGUGGGCAGGGUCUAUGUCUUUCACCUUUGUAUCUUUCAUGGCACCUAGCAUAGUGUUUUGCAUAUAGUAGUCGCUCAGUAUUUGUUAAAUAAAGCUAUUAGUGUCACUAAAACUCAA